AUGCUAGAAUCAGUGACAUUUACUCCUUUUGAUCUGGAGAUUGAAAGAACUCUCAAAGCACUAAGAAAGAAGAAGGUACAAGCCAUGGAGAAUGGACAACAAAAUGUGCAGCCACGGGUCUUAAAGGAUUAUGUACGGCUAGUUGUGAAUGACAACUACUCAGGUAUAAGACACCAGACCGUUAUUGCCAACAAUGUUGAGCUCAAACUCGCCUUGAUUAGCAUGAUACAACAAUCCCAAUUUAGCAAAUCACCAAUUGAUGAUCCCAAUAUUCAUUUGGAGAUGUUUUUGAAGAUUUGCGACAUUGUAAAAAUAAAUGGUGUUACUGAAGACACCAUUAGAUUGAGAUUGUUCCUUUUUUCUUUGAGGGACAAGACUUUAGUUGAUGCUGUGUCUGGGGGAACUUCGAUGUCAAAGACACCGGAGGGUGCUACUUCUCUUUUGGAAAUUUCAGUUUUGAUAACCCAGAGGAUACCACAAAAUGCAGAUUAUGUGGCAGCUACAAGUAGGACAGAUUCGAGCAAUGAAGCGAGUCAAGGACAGGUUCAAUACAUAAACAAUUGGAACUACAACUAUCGGGGUAAUCCUGUGCCAUAA